UCCGUUACCAAAUCCCCUCCACCCAAAAUACAGUACCCACUUCUCUCUCUCUCUCUCUCUCUGAGAACGGCUAGUCCGUCAGAAAAUGACGAUUCUGCCCUCCUCGGACCGGAAGUACCGCCGCAACCCUCGUACACCUCUCCUCUCCCCACAGAAAUACGACGACCACGAGGUCGGUUUCAACGGUGCGUCGUACUCCGGCGCAGUCUUCAACCUCGCCACCACCAUUGUCGGGGCAGGUAUCAUGGCUCUCCCCGCCGCCGUCAAGCAGUUGGGGCUGGUUCCGGGACUGAUCAUGAUUGCCUUGGGUGCUAUCUUGACGGAGUCGUCCAUCGAAAUGAUCCUCAGGUUCAGUCGAGCUUCCAAGUCAACCACGUAUUCGGGUGUAGUCGGCGACGCCUUCGGCGUGGCCGGGCGGACUAUCUUGCAGGUCUGCAUUGUGGUUAACAAUAUCGGUAUGCUCGUUGUCUACAUGAUCAUAAUCGGUGAUGUGUUAUCUGGGACAUGGUCAGAUGGGGUGAAGCAUUUGGGUUUGGUGGAAGAAUGGUUUGGUCAGCAUUGGUGGACCACACGCUUCUCCUUACUGCUUGUCACUACGCUCUUUGUCUUUGCUCCUCUCAUUUCAUUCAAGCGCGUUGAUUCCUUGAGAUACACUUCGGCUUUGUCAGUGGGUUUGGCCAUUGUGUUUGUGGCAAUCACAGCGGGAGUAGCAAUCGUUAAAAUGAUGGAUGGGAGCAUGAAAAUGCCUCGUAUGAUGCCUGAACUUGUUAACCAGGCAUCCUUUUGGAAGCUUUUUACAACUAUCCCAAUUCUUGUCACUGCCUAUAUCUGCCACCAUAAUAUUCAUCCAAUAGAGAAUGAGCUAAGGGAUCCCUCCCAAAUGAAGUCAAUAGUCCGAGCGUCACUCACAUUAUGCUCAUCUCUUUACAUUGCUACCAGCUUCUUUGGAUUUCUUCUUUUUGGGGAUCACACAUUAGAUGAUGUUCUUGCCAAUUUUGAUGGUGAUCUUGGAAUACCGUAUAGCUCAUUACUUGAUGAUGUGGUUAGGGUCAGCUAUGGCAUCCACCUGAUGCUUGUAUUUCCAAUUGUGUUUUUCUCUCUUCGCCUCAACCUAGAUGGUCUUCUUUUUCCCUAUGCCAUUCCCAUUUCACUUGACAAGCGGAGAUUCUUCUCAGUAACUGCAGUUCUCAUGGGUCUUAUCUUUGUUGGAGCCAACUUUGUGCCUAGCAUUUGGGAUGCCUUUCAGUUCACUGGAGCCACAGCUGCCAUCUCUGUUGGAUUCAUCUUUCCAGCCGCAGUUGCUCUUAGGAAGUUGGUGUUAGAUUGGUUAAGCAUUUUUUCCACGAUUAAAGAUAUGGACAUGGAUAGAGCUGAAUGAUGGACACUCAUGGAAUUGCCACAAAGAAUGACAGACUAGUAUCAUGGGUGAUGAUCUUUUUAGCUGUCUCAUCAAGCACAGCAGCCAUAUCUAGCGAUAUUUACAGCAUUUUCAUUAGUGAGAAAGGAGUUGGAAGUUAACAGGACAAGGCGGACAAGUCAGCACUUGUGCAAAUUCUCGUGAUGUAUAGGGGGUGCUCUCUCGAUUUAUGAAACGAGAGUAACUGAGCAGGACAAAGAGCAAUGCUCCAGUUCCACAUCUGAUCGCUGGUGGUCCUCGGUUUUGUUAAGUAAUGCAGGUGACCGUGAUGUUUACAUUUUGUGGCUUUAUACAUGAAGUGAAAUGGGUUCUCUCACUAAUUUAUGUCAAUUUUCUCCCUUCUAAGUUGGCUCGUCAAUUUUUCCCAUUUUUCAGAAGUUAAUGAUAUUCCAUCUUAAAAGAAUCCUGCGAGGAAAGUUGUAGCUUUUACUUCAUCGAGCAGUAUAUAGUAUAUACAUAUUUUGCAGAGUAUGAUUUAUCAUAAUUGUAGGGAC